AUGUCUAGUCUACCAUAUAUGCGAUUAUCGCAGGAAAAAAAAGAAAGAAAGCCCUUAGCAAGAGUUUCUAACUCGUCAACUAAUAUUAAUAACAGUUUCAAUACUUCAUCUACAAAUGAGUUCAAAGUGCAUAAACCAGUGAAGGAAAAACUGCAAAGUGGCUCCCACUAUUAUCAGAAAAACAAGGAAAACUAUAGCAAUAGUUCAACAAGGAGAAAAUCAAGGGUUAAGGAUGUUUCGGCUGCUACUCAUCAAGCAACUGCAGCGACCCCUCGAUCUAUACCCAAACACUCUUCAUCGUUAUCGCCUCAUUCUUUUACCAGGACCCUGCAUUACCAACAAUCACGCGUGUUGCUGAAAGUAUCCUCAUCUUUAUCUUCUUCGCCAUUUGUCGAAUCUCCUAGAAGUAGUGACCACAAUCAACCAAUACUACAUCUCAAAACAGCUAGCAAGAUCAAUACUCCUGCAAGACAAUUGAACAAUCCCCAGAAACAACUGCAAACACAGCAGUCUCACAAAGCAUCUACCACUGCUACUGUCACUGCCACUGCUACUACCAAUACAAUCUCCACUAUCCAGCUACAGCCACCUAUUCCAUCAUUUGAAGAUUUUGAAAUAGGUCGCACAUUAGGUAAGGGGAAAAUCGGCCAAGUCUACCUAGCAAAACACCUCCCAAGUGACCACCUCGUUGCUCUUAAAAUUAUGAACAAGAAACUAAUAAUGAAACACGGAAUAGAACGCAAUUUCCGUCGUGAAGUAGAGAUUCAACUGCAAUUAAAUCAUGAAAAUAUAACUCGCUUGUACACUUGGUUCCAUGAUUCAAUAAAUGUAUAUUUGGUCUUGGAAUAUAGCAUAGGUGGAGAACUAUACAAUUUACUUAAAUCUCGAAAAAGAUUCACUAAUCAACUAGCCAGUUGUUAUAUUUAUCAAAUCACCCAUGCAUUAUCAUACAUCCACCAACGAGGAAUCAUUCAUCGAGAUUUGAAACCGGAAAAUAUCAUGGUUUCAAAAAAUAACUCGGUUGUGAAAUUAAGUGAUUUUGGAUGGAGUGCGUAUACUCAUACCCAUAUUCCCAACCUUAAUCCAGCUGCUUCUGCUUCUGCUUCUGCUUCUGCUGCUUCUGCUUCUGCUUCUGCUUCUGCUUCUGCCGCCACCACUAUCACAGCAUCUCCUUCUUCAUUGGUUGCAACCCCACCUCCUUCCGCCACUUUUGCAAACAGGAGAAACACAUUCUGCGGAACAAUAGACUACCUACCGCCAGAGAUGAUUGAGAAACAGCCCCAUGACAAAGCGGUAGAUAUAUGGGCAAUGGGAGUACUCAUUUAUGAGUUCCUUGUUGGAAAGCCGCCAUUUGAAGAAAUCGACGCACUGGCAACUUAUAGACGUAUAGUUCGAGUUGAUUUGAAGUUUCCAAAAUGGAUUGAUCCUGAUGCAAGGGAUUUGAUUAUUAAAUUGUUGAGAAAAAGACCAAGUGAGAGAUUGCUGUUGAAUGAAGUAUUUCGACAUCCUUGGAUUUUGAAGAAUAAAUGUCAUUGGCCAAAAAUCGAAACAUAA